AUGAAUUUCGAUGAGAUCUACACAAAUGUUUCGGUAACUUUGCAAAGUGUUGCAGAAUAUGUUCAACAUCAUUUGCUUGACUAUGAAUAUUCGAUAUAUAUUUUAAUUGGAAUAGUUUCACUCAUAGUUGGGUUUAAAAUUGGGUAUUGUUUAUUUUAAAUAAUUAGAAAAUCGGAUAUAUUGGUUUCCAAGAAAUAAAUAAGAUAAUUAGAAUAAUUUAAGUAUCUGAAGGAAUAAAAGGAAAAAUCUAAAGAAUAGCUGCUAAAUGAAUUUUAAAAGCUAACCAGAUUCUCUAAAAUAUUUUAUUUUCUAAUAAUAAUGGUCAACUCAGGCUUAUACUAUUUUUAAAUAGAAGUAGGAAGCAUUCAAAGUUAGAUUGCUAUUGGCUUAGGUUUGAUUAUUCUAACAGAAGGAUAUAAAGUAUAUGAAAAAUAUAGAUUAAGCUCAAUUAAACAAAAUUUGGAGCAAAAUGAAAAGGAAAUUAAUCAAAUUAUUCACGACAUUUAAAAAGUAUUUAUUAAGCAUAUUCAAAGAAUUUAGGAGAGGAAUUGCGAGCGAUCUUAAAAAAAGAGGCUUUAAUUGAGCAAGGUGAUUAUAUUAAGAAAAAGCUGGAAGCUUCUGAGAUUUUAUUGAAGUAACAAUACGAAGAAAAGUAUAAAGGUUAUAUAGAAGAAUUAAAGAAAAAAAUUCAAAUCCUUGAGAAUAAGGAAUUUAAAUAAUAGGAAGAAAUUUAGAAUUUUAAAAGAACUAAUUAAGUUCAUAAAACGGAGCCUCUUAUAAAAAUACCAAGUCAAAAGAAAACUGAAGAUCCCACCAUUGCUUAAUUAAGGAAGGAGAUUGCGCAUUUAGAAAAGGAAGGAAAAAUAUAAAAGAACAUGAUUUCAAAGGUGAUUUAAUUUGAGUGGUGUAGAGAAUGCAUCGAAAAGAAAAUUCAUUGUAUAGAAGCUUAUUGGAAAUAUGCUUAAGCAGUAGGGGAUGAAUAUUAAUCGAAGUUGAAGUAAUUAGAGUAUGAGGAGCAGGCUCAAAACUGAUAG